AUGCUUGGCAUCUCCCUCUUCGAGCUUGCGCUUCGGGAGAGCGUACUUGCCAUCAUCGUCUUCAACUUCCUCUUCACUCUCUGCGUUGCAUACUUUUUCACCUUUGGCGCACGCAUCGGCCUGAGACAGAUGAUGUUAUCACGCUUCAGCUUUGGUUAUUACGUCCUGUGGAUCCCCGCUGUGCUCAAUGUGAUCGCUACGAUCGGUAUCGUCAUCGUCGCUAUCUUCACGUUCACACCCGCCUUUGCAGGCUACAAGUGUGUCCACCUGUAUGAGCGCUGGUUAACGAUCAUUCCCGCCGUCAUCUUUGUCAUUCUUCUCGGUCAGAUCGCAAAGGCUUUGGAAGCAGCUGGUCGUUAUACGCAUCCAUCCAACUACUGCGCCAACCUCUCGCACAAGCGCAGCGGCCUCGCCAUCUUCCUUGCCACCGACGCCGGCGUGAACUUCCUGCUCAUCUUGAUUGAAUCCCUUGACGCUGCUCUCAUGGCAAGAGUGAAAACGUGUCCAGGUUUUGCAGCUAUCCACGACGCACACGCUCUUGGCGGUGUCAUCAACAUUGUCCUUAGCCAAGGCCCCUCAAGUAUGAAAGGCUUCGGAGGCCUCCUGACCAUUUCCCUUGGCCUCGGCUUCAUCGCGAACAACAUCUUCUCGUUCUCGCUGACAGUGCAGCUCUUCGGAAAAUAUUUUCAAGCCAUUCCGCGUUUCCUAUUCGAGGAGCACCUCAUCGUCUGCAAGGGCAGGUGGAGCAACUACGACUUUGAUGUUAUUAACGACCCCAGCAAGCUUCCGCUCGGCAUCGAGGAGUUCCUGGCGCUUGCAUGCGGAAUACCCGAUGCAUUUUUCGGCAUGGCGCAGACGUGGUACAUUGGCGUCAUCGGGUGCAAGGGCCACGAGAACGACAAAAGUGAAGAGCAGACGACGACGUCCCUGUGCUCCCUUCUCCCGUGGUACUCCAGUCUCGAAGAGUUUGAACCUGGUUUGCUAUCUAGCCCUUCCGCAGCCAAUACCUCUAACGCGAACGUACCCGUUCAGCCGGCAGUGCCUCUCGCCAUGGUGCCUGCUUCCGUAGUGGCGCCGCCCGGGGAAACGAGUCGCCCGCCCGUGGUAGAUGAUGACGAGACGGAGUCCGCGAACUCGGACGAUGUGUCAGAUGCAGAGCGGAUCGCUGCUGUAGAGGAUGGCGAUGCGGGUGGCGACUCGUCUGGCAGCGAUGAUGGAGACUAUGCGAAAGUGUGGGCUAAGUUCAAGCAGAGGUUUGAUCAUGCUGUUGCUGGCAAGGAAGAAUGCUCGAAACUGCUCGAGAAAGCGGAGAAGAAGAAACAGAAGCUGCAAGAGGAGAUUGACUUCAUACUGGACGCCAUUGCUGAGCGCCGCUCGGCGCGGUACCACAUCCUCGCAAAGCACUCAGGCGUAACGCCUGCAGAAGUAGCGAAGCAAGAGCAAGAGGCGGCCAGGAGGGCUCGAGCACGGCAAGGGUCGCCUCACAGGAGCGGCUCGCCUUAUGGCGCUCGAAUGACUAGUCCAUCAGUAUCAGCAGGUGUCACAAACGGAAACAACAGAAGCGGCAGGCCGCUCGAGAAGUCGCGGGAGCGGACUGCGUCGUCCCCCUCACCUGGCUCACCCUCUUACUCUCACCACUAUGCGCAUCAGCAACAACAUUCUUACCAGCAUCAUCCCCCUCACCCCCACCACCGUCAUCAUCCUCACGACCCUAACCAUCGUGACGCGCCAUACUCGCAAGGAGGUCCGAGGGUAAGCAACGGCUCUCGCCCGCGUCGCUCGCGCUCGCCAGACGAUCUAACCGCGCCGCUGCGACCGGACAAGGCGUAUCUGCGCCAUGACGUGGGCUUCCCUUCUCUUUCGAGGGUUGAGCACGGCGGCCCAGGCUCCGGUAAAUAUGCUGCUGCUACAAGGCGACAUUCACCACCGCCGUAUGGGUACGGGCACGAACCUGUCGCUGGCCAGAAGCGUGGGCGUGAGGGCAGUGCGGACAGCGGGCGCGAAACCGCGGUACCUUCGAAACGGCUGCAUGUGGACGAAUAUUGA